AAAUUUCACAUAAUUUUAGUUAAAAAAUAGAAAAAUGAUAGAUAAUUGGCUUGAUUUAAUCUUUUGGAUAACUGUAUAAUAAGACAUGACGCUGACAUUUUUCUAUUUUUGAAAUAGUAUAAAACCGUUACGGGCCAACCUCGGUAGCUGGUUUUACCUACUGACAACAAUAAUGAUUUGGUUUUCGGUCAGUCCGGUUUAUUUGUUAAGUGUUCUUGGACUUUCUGGAGCUAUCUCAAUUGAUGAUUAUCUUGCUGUUGACAAUUGCGAUGAAUAUAAACAACAGUCAGCUGUACCACUACCACUCACUGGUGACCCAAGAUGUAUUACAAUAACACAGAACAAUAAGCGCAUUAAUGACGGACAGCCCCUAUAUACCAGUUUUACUGAUCAAUUGGAUUUUAAAGACAAUACUCCUCGCUUUUGUUUCGACCAAAGCAAUAAACUUGUUGCCUUUGAUGCCUCUUUUGACAGUAACACUCCAGACGAAGUUGCCACGGUUGAGAUUACUCCAUGUAGAAAGGCGGGAUACUGGACAAAUGGAAACGUAUUUUGUAAUGUUCCUGAAUGUUCAAAAUAUGUUGAGCAAACGAAUACAGAUUAUUUUGAAGAUGAACUGCAUGUAACCGUGAAUAUGAAAGACCUUUUCGAGAUACCGGUAACAGGAUUGGGAGUAACACGUGGUUUCAAUGUAAUCAAAUUUGAUGGAACGCCCGAUCAUCGUUUGAUAUAUAAUACUAAGACCAAUCUGACAAAGAAGCUGGACAGCGAAAAGUUUAAGGACUAUUGCACUUUAUAUGGUCCUUGUGUUGAGGGUAUGUUCCUCGGUAGAAGCGAUUUACUCUACCUUAAAGGUGGGAGACCUCCAUUGGUUUUUAAGCGACAAGGUGAGAAGGUAUUCAUUGUUCUCAGGUACGACCCAAGAAUGUUUGCUUUUCGCGAUCGCCCUCCUUAUGUGUCCUGUUAUUACACACAUGAUAAAACCUCAGAGGAGUGUGACUCACCAACAGGUUCUUUCAAGUGGACAAAAUUGUGGCAGACGUCACUCCCUUAUGAAAAAGAAUGGUUGUCGUUACGCUUCUUCACUCGAUGGUCUUCCAAACAAGAUUGCAUCAUUCGAGUGACUGAUACCGAAACGGGGACAGAUCUUGUCAACUACACUGGGCCCUGUGGUAGAUAUGCUGAUAUGGAUUUAGGGAACUUUCCUUAUCCUAGGGUUGGCCUUUUUGGUAAAGGUAUAAAUGGAUCUGUCAAAAUGAGAUUCAAAGAUCUGCUGUUCAAAUGAUGAUUCUGUUCUCCUGUAAGCUCAUUUACGUUUAAUAGCUGUUUACAGUUUGAACUUAUAGAAUUAUUCCUCUUUCAAGUUUUCGGACAAACGUACCUUCAUAACAUUUAUUAUU